GAUUAUAGAUGUUUGUUGUGGUUCAGGAUAAGGUCUUGUCUUGAGAGCAGUUGAGCUACAAGUGUAAACAAGUGAAGAAAUGCAGUCACCCUACUGAUUUCCUCUUUCUUUCAGAAGUGGAUUUAAAGAUUUUAAAUAAGUGUCAAAUGAUCUUGUCUUGAGCAGGUCUCUCAGAGAAGAAAAUCUGAGUCACAUUCUAGAAACAUAUCAGAUUACUUUUCUGACACAAAUCUGACUUAGUUGUAACUUUUAACCUAGAAUUUAGUGGGGUCAGUAUUGGACCCAGUGUUCAAAGCUGCAGUGUUUACAUCUGUUUUAAGGGGGAAAUCCACUAGGCAUAUCAUGAGAAAACUGUGAUUAAUAUAAAAUUGAGAUUAAUAUAUACAUAUUGAAAGAGAGAAAGAACCUUUGUUGGGUGUCCUCCAUGUUAGGAUAAAUACUAACUUUAGUCCAUUGGAAAGCCAAUGUGCAAAUCUGCUAAAAAAUAGAGCAGGUUUCAUAAAGCAAACAAUCAGCUGUUGGAAAUGAGUGCCCAACCUCAAACAGCAGACAAGGGAUUAAAUACUGCCCUUUUGUGCCAGGAAAGUUAUGCUUGCAGUGGAGCAGAUGAGGCAACCUUUGAGUGUGAUGAGUGUGGUAGUCUGCAGUGCCAGCGGUGUGAAGAAGAACUGCACAGGCAGGAAAGACUACGAAAUCAUGAACGGACCCGUAUUAAAGCUGGUCAUAUCCCAUACUGUGACUCCUGCAAGGGCGCCAGUGGAAAUAUCAUGCAGAGCAAUGCCACAAGUACCAGGCAGAGAGCAGUGGUACGGUGCCAGGCCUGCAAAACUAAUCUGUGUGUAGAGUGUCAGAAGAGGAGUCAUGCUGGUGGAAACAAGCGGAAGCACCCCAUUACUGUUUACCAUGGUGGUAGACCCCAAGAGGAGGAAGAGGGGAUGGAUGAAGAGGUCAAGAAGAAGAAGAUGACAGAAAAUGUUGUAAGCUUCCUCUUGGUGGAUGAAACAGAGGAGAUCCAGGUGGCGAAUGAAGAAGAAUUUAUCAGGAAACUGGACUGCAAACCUGAUCAACACCUCAAGGUUGUCUCAAUUUUUGGGAACACUGGGGAUGGCAAAUCCCAUACCCUUAACCACACUUUCUUCUACGGCCGUGAGGUUUUUAAAACCUCUCCAGCCCAGGAGUCCUGUACAGUAGGUGUCUGGGCAGCCUAUGACCCUGUCCACAAAAUGGUGGCAAUUGACACAGAGGGUCUGCUUGGAGCUACAGUGAACCUGAGUCAGAGGACCCGGCUGCUUCUGAAGGUCUUGGCCAUUUCAGAUGUCAUCAUCUACCGAACGCAUGCUGACAGGCUUCACAAUGAUCUCUUCAAAUUUCUCGGAGAUGCCUCUGAGGCAUACCUAAAACAUUUCACUAAAGAGCUGAAGGCAACCACAGCCCGUUGUGGUCUGGAUGUUCCCUUAUCAACUCUGGGUCCCGGAGUCAUUAUCUUCCAUGAGACUGUAUACACACAACUACUGGGUGCUGAUCAUCCUUCUGAGGUGCCUGAGAAACUCAUCCAGGAUCGGUUUCGGAAACUAGGCCUCUUCCCUGAAGCUUUCAGCUCAAUCCAUUACAAAGGAACAAGGACUUACAACCCCCCAACAGACUUUUCUGGACUCAGGCAUGCUGUGGAGCAGCAGCUAGAAAAUAAUACCACCCGUUCUCCCCGCCCUCCUGGAGUUAUCUACAAAGCACUCAAGGCCCUGAGCGAUCGGUUCAGUGGUGAGAUCCCAGAUGAUCAGAUGGCCCACAGCUCCUUCUUUCCAGACGAGUAUUUCACCUGUUCCUCUGUGUGUCUCAGCUGUGGGUGCGGAUGUAAGAACAGCAUGAACCACGUGAAAGAGGGGGUUCCUCAUAUAGCCAAGAGUCGCUGUCGAUAUACCCAUCAAUAUGAUAACAGAGUGUAUACCUGCAAGGCCUGUUAUGAACAUGGGAAUGAGGUUAGGGUGGUGCCAAAAACAUCUGCUUCCACUGAUUCCCCUUGGAUGGGUCUUGCCAAGUAUGCCUGGUCAGGGUAUGUGAUAGAGUGCCCCAACUGUGGAGUUGUGUACCGCAGCAGACAGUACUGGUUUGGGAACCAAGAUCCUGUGGACACGGUGGUGAGGACAGAAAUUGUGCACGUCUGGCCAGGAAUGGAUGGAUUUCUGAAGGACAACAACAAUGCUGCCCAGCGCCUCAUAGACGGGAUGAACUUCAUGGCGCAGUCAGUGUCAGAGCUCAGCCUGGGACCCACAAAAGCUGUGACAUCUUGGCUGACAGACCAAAUUGCUCCAGCCUACUGGAAACCCAAUUCCCAAAUUCUGAACUGCAAAAAAUGUGGUAUAUCAUUUAAAGAUAAUGACACUAAACACCACUGUCGGUCAUGUGGUGAAGGUUUCUGCGAUGGUUGCUCAUCCAAGACCCGCCCUGUCCCAGAGCGAGGCUGGGGACCCACACCUGUGCGAGUAUGUGACAACUGCCAUGACAGCAGGGGUGUUCAAUUAGGUAAUCCAGUUAUGUCCAUAUUAGAUGUGCCCGAGGCUCCAACAGAUGAGGAAGGGGGGACAGUGAUAGCCAGGAAAGUUGGUGAGGCUGUGCAGAACACUCUUGGGGCUGUUGUGACUGCCAUCGACAUCCCGUUAGGUCUCGUGAAGGAUGCUGCCAGACCUGCUUACUGGGUGCCUGACCAUGAAAUCUUAUACUGCCACAACUGCCGGAAGGAAUUCAACAUCAAGCUCUCCAGACACCACUGCCGUGCCUGUGGCCAGGGUUUCUGUGACGAGUGCUCCCAUGAGCGCAGAGCAGUCCCCUCCCGUGGCUGGGAUCAUCCUGUCAGAGUCUGCUUUAAUUGCAAUAAAAAGCCUGGUGACCUUUAACCCCAGCUUCCUCUCUGGGUCCUCCAUAACACCUUAGCUUCUCAGGGUUAGAAAAACAAAACGACAACAACAAAAGAACCAUUUUUUUAGCCUUCUACAGUCAGAGUGCAUGCUGCUGAACUCUGGCCUCUUUUCAUGUGCUGUUUUCAAUAAGAUUGCUGAAUAGCUCAAUUGAACAGGUCCAACACGGCUUGUUUUCAAACUGAUAUUGAAAGUUAAAGGUGAGUGAGUGUGGAGAAGCUUGCAGUAAAACGAGGAAUCCCAAACUCAGUGUAUUAUAUACCAGUUAAAAGUAUGUAUCUCUAUAUCUAUUAUAUAAUUUAGUAUGCUGAGAAUGCAGCUGGCUGAUGAAGCAUUGAUUAUUUACAGUAAAAUGAAGAAAGGUGAAUGGAACUAUUUUAUGAAGUGUAAUGGGUCAAACACAUAGCCUCUUGAGUGCCUUUGAAAUUCUUUGUGUGAAGCAUUGUGUGGCUCACAGUUCAUAUUGUGAAGAGUGAGGUGGUCCCUGCUUUUGAAUAGGGAGUCCCAGGCCUUGCCCCUUGCAAUUUCAUCAGCCAUACUUAUUUUACUCCAGCCUGUUUUUGGAUGGCUCCAUCUAGCUGGAAUUGCCUUUUUUGUUUUGUUUUAACAGACAGUCCAGACAAAACCAUGGACAAAUACUUUUCACUUUGUAGUCAGUCAAAGUCAUUACUAUUUUUUUUUUGUAUUUUUAUUGUUUUAACAGUGCAAUUUAUGCUGAAGAUAAAACAAAUAUUAUAAGCAAUGAUGGCUGGCUACAAAGAGAAAAGUAGUAUUUAAAUCCCUCUCCUUCCCAAGGAGGGACUAACUAAUGAUUGACUAUUUCAAGAAAACUGGCCAGUCACAAAGAGGAGAAAGAAAUUAAUUAGGCUGAAAAUAAAGGAAAAUUGUGGAAUUUUUGCUGAAGGGGGCUUAUUUCUAAAUAGCUAUAUAGUAGGAAUUUGCCCAUAGAAUUUUUUUUUU